AUGUCGUUGUCGAACUGUCGGUUCUACGAGAACAAAUACCCAGAGAUCGACAGUCUUGUCAUGGUCAAUGUCCGGCAGAUUGCCGACAUGGGUGCCUAUGUCAAGCUGCUCGAGUACGAUGACAUCGAUGGCAUGAUCCUGCUUUCCGAGCUCUCUCGGCGACGUAUCCGAAGUAUCCAGAAGUUGAUCCGAGUUGGCCGUAAUGAGGUCGUUCUCGUGCUCAGGGUAGACAAGGAGAAGGGUUAUAUCGAUCUCUCGAAGCGACGUGUGUCCCCCGAGGAUAUCGCCAAGUGCGAGGAGCGCUACAACAAGGGCAAGAUGGUCCAUUCGAUCAUGCGCCACGUCGCCGAGAAGACUCUGGUCCCGAUCGAGAGCUUAUACGAGUCCAUCACCUGGCCUCUGAACAAGUCGUACGGCCAUGCUAUUGACGCAUUCAAGCUGUCCAUCACCAACCCCGAUGUCUGGAAGGACAUCACCUUCCCCAGCGAGCAGGUCGCCGAGGAGCUCAAGUCGUAUAUCAGCAAACGUCUCACCCCGCAGCCGACAAAAGUGCGCGCUGAUGUCGAGGUCACCUGCUUCGGCUACGACGGCAUCGAUGCCAUCAAGGCCGCCCUGCGCACUGCCGAGGCUGCCAACACGGCCGACACCCAAGUCAAGGUCAAGCUCGUGUCUCCGCCUCUCUAUGUCCUCACCAGCACCUGCCUGGACAAGCACCUGGGUAUCUCGAAGCUGCAGGAGGCCAUUGCCGAUAUCACCAAGAAUAUCGAGGGUGCUGGUGGCAAGCUGGUCGUCAAGAUGGAGCCCAAGGCCGUUACCGAGUCGGAUGACGCCGAGUUGCAGGCACUCAUGGAGAAGAGGGAGAGGGAGAAUGCCGAGGUCAGCGGUGACGAGAGCGUUAGCGAGAGCGACGACAACAUGCCCGAGGCUAUUUAA